UGAGUUUCUCAGUGGCUUCCUGUUACUGUUAUAAGCCUACAGCUUCACAGAAGGAAACCAAACCCACCAGUGUGAAGAAAAGGUUUACAACAGUAACUACUUUUAAGAGUGCAUGUUAAGGUGUCUGUUGAAGGAGAGGAGAUCAGGCCUGGAAGGUGCAAGCUGGACCAUAUGGACUCUGGAAUAUCAAGUUCUCUCUCCAGCAUGUCGAUGACCCAGUCCAGCCCUGGUACCCCGGGUCGACCCCCCCACACCGCUGCCCCCGGGCCCCUCCAGGCUCCUCUUGGCACUGCUCUGGUCCAGUUCCAGCUAGGCCUCUUCAGGGAGGUGGUUCGGGUGUCUGGGGGGCAGCUCAGCUACUGCCAUGCCAAGAGACUGGCUGCAGAGAUCAUAGAACGCAAGGCUCCAGACUGUAGUGUGGUGGGUGUUGGGGAGAAGGUCCUCCUGUUCAGACACCAGACAGGCUCGGAACACCUCCUCCACAGACUCACGGACCAGGAUGCACUGCUGGACGGCGACCUCAUAGAGAUCAUCGUCUCAGGAUCAGCUACUGUAACGGAGAUAAAGAUCCGCCCACACUCCCUGGCUGUCCAAUCAUAUCGCACCCCCACCUUCUGUCAUCACUGUGGGGAGAUGCUGUGGGGGUUGGUACGUCAAGGGUUAAAAUGUGAAGGUUGCGGGUUAGACUUUCAUAAGCGCUGUGCGCUGCAGUUGCCUAGUGACUGUAGCCGUGCACGCCGUCGUGUGUGUGGCCCCAGCCUGUCCUUAUUCCCCCCUGCCAGGCCCCGGACACACUCCCUCUCCACACCUGCAGGGGGCAGUAUGGAGGAGAUCAGUAUGUCCAAGCCCAGGCCCAGACCUCCGUCGUGGGCAGAUCAACCGGUGUGGCUGGGGGUGGUCCAGGGAAAGGGUGGCGUGGCGGGCAGGGUGCCACACACCUUCCACAUCCACAGCUACACCAAGCCCACCGUGUGCCAACACUGCUACCACCUCCUUAAGGGCCUGUUCCGCCAGGGCCUGCAGUGCUCCGACUGUAAACUGAACUGCCAUCGUCGCUGUGAGUCCUCCCUGGUCCCUGCUGACUGUCCUGGAGUGAGGACCAACACCAAUGGGGAAGGAGACUCCGUGUCCAGUCUGGGCUAUAAGGACGACACAGAGGAGGAUGAUAUAGGAUGCAGUAUGACAUCACUAGAAGACCAUGAGGAUGAGCCAUCUACUGAGGACCCAUUCGCUGAGAUCAAGGAGGUGGGACACCAGCCACCAAUCACUCCGUGUUUCAGUAGUUAUAUUCCUCUGAUGCGGGUGGUCCAAUCAGUUCGUCACACUAAGAGACGGGCCAGUGGAGUCUUGAGAGAGGGCUGGCUACUGCAUCACACCAACACCGACACACUGAGGAAACGUCAUUACUGGAUAUUGGACUGGAAGAAUAUUACUCUGUAUCAGAAUGAGACAAGCACCAAGUACUACAAGGAGCUUCCUCUGUCUAACGUGCUGCAGGUGCGAGGCCCCGCUCAGCUGUCUGGGCCCUUGUUGCCAGACAACAGUGCACACUCGUUCGAGGUGGUGACAGGCACGCUGGUAUACUGUGUGCUGGCGGGCAGGGACGGGCAGGCCUGGGAGACCGCAGUACGUAAGGCUCUGAUGCCUGUCCAGAGCAGCGGGCAGGCGGGCAAACAGGGACAGGACCAUGGACCCCAGAGUGGAGAGAAACCGGACGUCAGUUCAGUGUAUCAGAUCUUCACUGAUGAGGUGCUUGGUUCAGGACAGUUUGGAGUGGUGUAUAGAGGCACCCACAGACAGUCUGGUCACCCAGUGGCCAUCAAGGUCAUCGACAAAACCCGUUUCCCUACCAAACAGGAGAGACAGUUGAGGAACGAGCAGGCAAUUCUACAGAAUCUGUCUCACCUGGGUGUAGUUCUACUGGAGGGAAUGUUUGAGACCCUGGAGCAUGUCUUCGUUGUCAUGGAGAAGCUCCAUGGAGACAUGCUGGAGAUGAUUCUGUCCAAUGAAAAGGGCCGUCUGCCAGAGCGCACGACACGCUUCCUGGUUACACAGAUUCUAGAGGCCCUGCGCUACCUGCACUUCAAACAUAUUGCUCACUGUGACCUGAAACCUGAGAAUGUGUUGGUGGCCUCCCCAGAUCCUUUCCCUCAGGUUAAGCUGUGUGACUUUGGCUUCGCCCGAAUCAUUGGCGAGAAGUCUUUCCGCCGCUCAGUGGUGGGCACGCCGGCCUACCUGGCGCCCGAGGUCAUCAGUAUCCAUGGUUACAACCGUUCGCUGGACAUGUGGGCUGUGGGCGUGGUCCUGUACGUUAGCCUGAGCGGAACGUUCCCCUUCAACGAGGAUGAGGACAUCAGUCAACAGAUCACCAACGCUACCUUCAUGUACCCCCGUCUGCUCUGGUCUAACAUCUCACUAGAGGCGGUGAGUCUGAUCAACAACCUUCUCCAGGUGUCAGUGAGACGUAGGUUCAGUGUGGGGAAGGCCCUGGGUCACCCCUGGCUACAGGACUUCCAGUUGUGGUGUGACCUGAGGGAGUUUGAGCAGAGGAUGGGCUGCCAGUACCUGACCCAUGAGGGAGACGAGGACCGCUGGAGACGCCACGCCCAGGAGAGGGGCCUGGUCUUCCCUUCUCACCUCCCCUGGACCCCCGCACGAUGACAGCCUGUGACCCGAGGCCCAAAGGUGUAAGGUCAAUGGCCGGACAAGAUGGCUACUGGAGUACUGGUGUGUUUCAGUGUUGACCAGCAAAAACAAAAUGAAUUCUGAUGAACUGCUAAAGAAGCACACAGCGACCUAUGCUUUUUAUGGACAAAAGUCUUAAAAAGAUAUAUGAUUACUGUAAUUUUUUGUCAUGAUACUACUAUACUGCCUGCGUCUGAGUGAUGGAAGCCAGGUGAACAGGCCGUGGCUCAGGUGGCUAAAGUCCUCGAUGCUCUUCUUGGCCUUCCUGUGACACCUGGUGUUGUAGGUGUCCUGGAAGUCAGACAGAGAGCACCCGAUGGUGCGUUUGGCUAAGCGUACCACCCUCUGUAGAGCCUUGCGAUCAGCGGCGGUGUGGUUGCCGUCCCGACAGUAUGCUCUCGAUACCCCUGUCCACUUGAUGGUGCUGUUCACCAAACAAUAAACAGCAUUGCUAAUCUCUUGA